ACUGAAGAUGCUCCGCGUCCACGAACGCGCGGAGCUGCACUCAGCAACCAGCAGCUCCACCAGCGUCUGCUCCUCCUGAGCUGGAAUAAAACAGGUUCCGGCGUCGCUCAGUCGGACCUCGCUCAGCUUCAGGGAGAUGUUCCCGUUGUGCAGAUCGUCAGCGAUCAGAGACGUCCCCUCGAACGCUGGGUUCUUCCUGCUCCUCAGCUCCUGAACCGUGCGCCACACGAAGACGAACCCGGGCCCAGGUCCGGUCGGGUCCACUCCAGCGUCAUGGCGGCUGCGUCCUCUGCAGGGCUCAGCUCACAGGGCAGAACCACGAUGGGCUGAGACGAACCGAGCAGAACCGACGGACCUGGAAACGUCAUGAGGAACCCGUCCUGACAUCCUCUUCAGAGCUCUGUCUGUGGAUGGUUCUGGUUCUGGUUCUGCUGGUUUAGUCUGUAAAUGCUCCACAGCUCGUCAGUAGCUCCAGGUGUGUACUGCUUCUUUUACCUGGAGACGUGUUUCAGCUGGUGGACCACUGUUCAGUCACGUCCCACCAGCUUCAGGUUAUUGUUGAGCUCUCACUCGUUUUCUGUUGAAUGUGAACAUGUUGCUGAUGAACUCAGUGACUCUUGUAGCUAAAAGUGGUUCAUCACUGUCUGACUCAUGGUUGAUCCACAAUGGUCUGACACAUCAGAUCUGUCACAUCAUAUCAAUGAACAAGGAAAUUAUUAUUUUAACUUCCAGUCUCAUUUAAAGUAAAAUAAAUGCUUUUACACAAUAAUGGAAAUGAGACAAAAUGACAGAGUCAGCAACAAAUCAAAUCAAACGGUCUAAAACCAUCGUUUCUGAACAUCAGGGUUUGUGUCUGUUUGUUCCAGCAUCCUCUGUGAUGUUGGUCCAGUGCUGUAACUCGGAACGUCUGUCUGAUGCUGACGACUGCGUCUACGUGAGGCGCAGCUGCUUUAAAGACCGGAGGCACCGCCGUCAAACCUGUCUGAAAAUGCACUGCUCUGCUAUUCUAAGGUUUAUGGCAGAGCACGCAACAGGACGGUCACUGCUUUUUAUUCUUAUAAUGAGAUGAUUAUUUAUUGUUUUGGUCCAAGUGCGUUAAAACUGAAACCUAGUGUUUGACUGAUUGCUUCAUCUGCUUGAACCUCAUCGGUCUGUGAAGUUACAAUAACAUAAAAAAUAAAGCACGAAAGACUGUUACUGAAAAUAUGAAAUACAGCUUUUGUGGUUUUCUUCAACUAGAACAGACCAGACUUCUAUUAAGAAAACAGAAAGAAACGUGCGACGCUGUUUUUUUAUUUUGUUUUUGCGGGUGACGCUUUUUGUUUUGUUUUUACCUUGUUUUUUUUUUGUUUGUUUUUUGCGGGUGACGCCCUUUGUUUUGUUUUUACGCUGUUUUUUUCUUUAUUUUUGGAUUAUGACGCUGGUUCGAUCCUGACUUGAGCAGAGCUCGCGCUCCUCUAAUGAAACCUCCCCGUCUUCUGCCUGCGGGUUCUGUUUCCGGCCUGUUCGCGCAAAAGGCGCAGCUGUUGCGCGUUCUUGGCGAACUGGGGCACCGAGGAACCCCCCCCCCCCCCCCCCCCCCCCCGUCGCCUGCUCACUUUCGUUUUAUUGCUACCGAUGGCGUUUUCUGGGGCGGUCGGAACCGCUGCUAAGCUGAGGCACUGGACCGCGUGUGCGUGUCUGCUCACGUGCUGCUGGGACUGCGUGGCGUUUAGAGAUGAAGGAGUCACAGUGGAGCCGGGAGACGACGUGGUUCUGCCAUGUCGGGAUCCCAGAGGCGGCGCCGUCCAGGGGUCCGAGUGGAGGAGACCCGAACGGGGCGGCGAGGCCGUGUUCUGGCUCAACGGGAGGUGGUUGUACCAUCACCUGUCCUUCAAGGGCCGAGUGGACCUGAGGGACCCAGAGGUGAGGGAUGGGGACGUGUCUGUGGUUCUGAAGAACGUGGACCUGAGCGACGCCGGAACCUACGAGUGUCACGUUAAAGUGGACCAAGGCUUUGAGCUCGUCAGCAGCAUCAGGCUGAGGGUCGCAGCUCCACCUCGUUUAAGAGUGAGGCCCGGAACCGAUGUGACCCUUUCCUGUCACGAUCCGGAAGCUGCUGACAUCGAUCUGUUCAAGUGGAAGAAGCUCAACCCGGAACAAAACGUCUUCAUUUGGCAGAACCAGGAAUCGGACUAUGACUAUGAAGACGAGCUGGACCGAGCUUUUCAUGGUCGCGUGGAGCUGAAGGAGCCAACGAUGCAGAACGGAGACGUUUCAGUGGUUCUGAAGAACGUCAGCGCCAACGAUUCUGGGACGUACGAGUGUCACAUCAGAGACGGCAGCAUGCUGACCCAUCAGCUGAUCAGCACCGUGGUUCUGGAGGUCGACGACUCGGGUGGGUCAGAACCAGGUUUAUGUCCGAACCAGUCAGUUAGUGAGUGAGUCAGAACCAGGUGGGUCGGUGUGUUUGGGUCAGAACCCGGUGGGUCGGUGUGUGUGGGUCAGAACCAGUGAGUCAGUGUGUGGGUCAGAACCAGAUGGGUCGGUCAGAGCUGCAGCUGCUUCCUGUUGUUGAUUGUGAAUUGAUGAAACAUUACGGAUCAGAUGUUGGUGUUUAAACAUGUUGAUGAGACUUUGUAGCAAACAGCUGCUGUGACUGAUGUCAUCAAAGUGGAGGCAAUGGUUCUGUUGGGUUCUAAUGACUCCUGCUGACUCUACUGUGGUUCU